AUUGGAGGGUGGCGGCGAAGGGAUUAGGUUUUCUGUGUGCGAGCCCGUUGCGGAGGGGUGCGGCUAGGGUUUUGCUCCGCCUAUUUCUUUCCUCCGCGCCCUCAAAACCCUCGCUUUUUGCUCCCCUUUGAGGCUACUCGACCCCGAUUCUUCUACUUCUUUUCCCAUGGCGAUCGCGUCGCGAAGACGGUUGUUCUAGUCGCAAGAUUUUCCUGCUGCCGUUCUGAGGCCGGCGCUUGAGACGACCCUCUGUGGAGAUGGCCACGGCGAACCCCUUCGAUCUCCUGGGAGACGAUGACAACGAUGACCCGUCGCAGCUCAUCGCCGCUCAAGUGCGGAAGAUGGUGGUCAAGAAGCCCGCUGCGCCAGCUGCUGCCGCUAGACCGGCAACGGCGAGGCUCCCCACUAAGCCAGUUCCUCCUGCUCAAGCUGUGAGGGAGGCAAGAGAAACGAGGAACAAUGCUGCGCCAGCACGUGGUGGGGCUGGCCGUGGAGGGCCUGGACGUGGAAGAGGUGGACGAAGUGGUGGAAUGGGCCCAAAUCGCGACUUUGGAAAUGACAAUGGAUUCUCCAGGGGCUAUGGUGGUGCUGGUGGUGGUGGAGGUGAAGAUGGUGAUGCUGAUAGGCCUCAAGAGAGGGAACGUCCGCCGCGUCAGCCAUUCAGUGGUGGCCGUCGUGGUGGAUAUGCGGGCCGUGGUGGCUAUGGUAACGUCGAAUCUGGAGUUGAUUCCGAAUGGCCCCCACGUAGGUCGUACGAGCGCCGGAGUGGCACUGGUCGUGGCUAUGAGAUGAAACGCCAGGGCGCAGGUCGUGGUAAUUGGGGAACUGUAGCUGAUGAGACGCAUAUACAGGAAAAGGAUGAGAUCCUAAACUCUGAUGAUAAUAAGCUUGCAACCGAGAAGCAGCAAGAACAGGAAAAGUCACCAUUAUCUGAAGAGAUCAAGGAUAACAAGGAGGGUGCAAUUAAUGAGUCAGAAGAAAAGGAAGAGGAUAAGGAGAUGACUCUGGAAGAAUAUGAAAAGAUUAAGGAAGAGAAGCGAAAGGCCUUACUUGCAAUGAAGUCUGAGGAGAGAAAGGUCGAAAUUGACAAGGAGUUGCAGUCUAUGCAGCAACUGUCUACAAAAAAAGAAAAUGACCCUAUCUUCGUUAAGUUGGGUUCUGACAAGGAUUCAGGGAAAAAGAAGGAAAACAUUGAUCGUGAUGAACGAAGCAAAAAAUCAUUGAGCAUCAAUGAGUUCCUGAAGCCAGCUGAAGGAGGAAGAUAUUAUGGUCCAAGUGGCCGUGGACGUGGCAGGGGGAGAGGUGACCGUGGUCCAUUCAGAGGCUCUUACGGCAGCGGGGUCUCAAGUUUCAUGGCUGCUGCCCCAUCGAUCGAAGAUCCUGGACAGUUUCCCACACUUGGUGGGAAGUAGAGAUCAGCCUGAUCAAAUCGUGCCUAAAUCGUGCCAACUUCUGAUUCUUCAGUUCUUACUCUUACGAGUUGGCACACCAGCGAAAUAACAGGUUCUCUAUUAGACUAUUCAACUAUGUAUACUGGAACUGCCUUGUCAACAGCAUCCUCCAAUUGCGUCUGCGCCCACAUGCUGUGUUGUUCCUUUCAAUUUUGAUCUUAUUUUGUGCCUAAAUUUAACUUCUAAGAGUUGCUGCAAUCGUUUUCUUUGGCA